AUGUCUGCUAAAGUUGCAUCAGAUAAACCGCAGAGACGCUGCAGCUCGAGGACACACUUCAGCAGAGGUGAGAUGAGGAACAAUUCUGUGACCUACUUUCUCUACAGUGGAAAUAUAAUGAUGCAGAUUAUCACAAUUAUAACAACAAUCAUCAGAGAUCCAGCAGAGAUCAACACUAUGAACAAUAAAGGUGUGUCUGGUGUUGAUACAGAUGAAGUGUCAGUGCCAGUGAUGGAGGGAGAUUCAGUCACUCUAUACACUGGUGUUCAAACAAACCAACAAGAAAAGAUUAGAUGGUAUUAUAAUGACAUUCGCAUCGCUCAAAUCAAUGGAGACCAGAGUAAGAUCUGUACAGAUGUUCAGUGUAAUGAAGAUACUGAGAGAUUCAGAGACAGACUGAAGCUGGAUCAUCAGACUGGAUCUCUGACCAUCAUGAACACCACAAACACAGAUGCUGGAGUUUAUAAACUAAAGAUAAUCAGCAGCAGCAGCGACAGGGAGAAGAUCUUCAACGUUUCUGUUCAUGGUGUUUCUGCUGCUGAACAAGAAUAUGAAAUUAAAAGAAAGACUGUGAAGGAAAGCGAAUCUGUCACUUUAUACACUGGUGCAAUAAGAAAUCUGAAUGAUUCAGUAACAUGCUAUAUUAAUGAGAUGCUCAUCGCUGAAAUCACUGGAGAUCAGAGUCAGAUCUGUACAGAUGUUCAGUGUAAAGAGAUAUUCAGGGAUAGACUGAAGCUGGAUCAUCAGACUGGAUCUCUGAUCAUCACAAACACCACAAACACAGACUCUGGAGAAUAUAAACUACAGAUCAGAAACAGCAGAUUCAGCAUCACUAAGAUCUUCAGUGUUUCUGUCACUGCUGUUCCAGUUUCAGGUUCAUCUUCAGCUGCUGUAGGAGGAAUAUGUGCUGCUGGUGUUAUUCUGAUUGUGGCUGCUGGGAUUUACUGUCUCCACAGAUCAAAACAAACAGGCAAGUAUUACAUAGCUGAUCUUUAGUAAUGUAAUUGAGAU